AUGAUGGUUCCUAUGAAACUUAAACUAAUCCAAUAAGAUUUCUUUUGCGCAAUUGAAUUACCCACUGAUACAAUAGUUGAAGAUGUUAUAACAUAUGCUCAAAAUAUAUUCAAUACGUAAAACAUUUUUUUUAAAAAGUGAUUUGAAAAAUCAAUAAUGGACUUGUUAUUCAGAAAUAAGAGCUUGCUUUUUGGAUUCAUAUUAAGAAGUUGGAUAUUUCCCUAAUGAUACUUUAACUCUUGAUUUCAAACAUUAAAACUAAUUCCUUUAAAAUUCUAUAGUAUAUUAAAGCUUAAAAAAUUCUUAAAUAUACUUUCAGAGCCAAAUAAACACAACUAGCACAAUGUCUAUUAUGGAUGAAAUAAAAAAUUCGUCAGAAUAGAUUGUUAUAAGUGUUUAUUUUUGUUAACAUACAAUAUAAUUAUAAGUAUCAGAAGAUUUAACAAUAUGUGAAAUUUUAGAAUUUCUGCUACUAAUUUAAAAGUAAUAAAUAAAUAAAUUUAGUGUAAAAGAUAAUUUAGAUGAAUUUAGAUGCUAUUCACAAGCAAGAAAUUGUUUUUUAAAUUUAGAUUAAAAAUUAGGUUUCUACCCUGAUGAUGAACUAAUAUUUAGUUAAAAACAACAGAGGAGUGAAUUUUUGUUUUCAUCUGAUGAUUAAGAUCUUUAAUUAUAAUAUAUUUAAUUUAAAAUAGAUUAAGGAGACCUCAAUUAAAUACAUGUAAAUGCUCAAACUAAAAUAAUAGCUUUAUUAGUUUAAAUUUAGAAUUAAUAAAAGUAAUUAAUUUCUAAUUUUUAGUUUAAACGGAAAUAUUUAAGAGUGGACAUGUUAUUCAGAAAAAAGAUGUUGUUUUUUAGAUUUAAAUGAAAACUUUGGACAUAAUUCAAAUGACAUUUUAUCUAUUUCUACAUAGAAUAGGGUGAAAUGUUAUUAACUAUCAAAAUGUCUUGAAUAAAUGAAGAAGUAAAUAAACAAGAGAUUUGAAUAAAUACGAUAAAAUUAUUUAUAGGAGUUAGAAGAAAAAGAAAAAUAACUUACAGAUUUACUUUUUAAAGAUCAUAAAGAAAUAUUUUAAAUGGCUUUUUCACCAGUAACCUUAGAAAGCACAUACAAGUUAAAUUAAUUCAUUGAGACUAAAAAUAAAAAUAAUCACUGGAUUAUAGAUUAAAUUUAAAAAUUAGAAGAAUUUUCUGAAAUAGAAAUGUUGCAACUAAAAACAAUAUAUAAUAAAAAUGAUUAAAAUCAAUAUUUUAAUUUAUUAGUUGAAAAAUCAACUACCCCAAAAGAGUUAUAUGAAUACCUGGAAGAAAACUUUUUUUUAAAUAAACCAUAAUAAACAAAAAGUGAUAAUAUUUCAUGGUUUAUCUCAAAAUAUAACAAGGUAAAUGAUAUAAACAGUUCAUUAAAUGUAGAAUUAUAAGCUGGGGAUUUUCUUUUUAUUGGACCAUAUAUUUUAGAGAUUUCUUAAUGUUUUAAUAACAAUUAUUUAAUGAAAAUUCCAAAGCCCUAAAUAAUAGCUAGAAAGCAGAAUUUGUAAUAAAUUAAUUGA